AUGCGCCGCAUAAUCUCACGGGCGUAUUCAGGCGUGCGUGUCGCCCGCUUUGCAUGUGCGGAGCGGGGUGAAGUCUGCUGGGGCGUGUUGCCUGAGGGCGCGAAUGCUGCGGAGAUGGGAAUGAGCCUCCAGGUUGCAGCGCCCGAGGCGGUGGCGCACGGCCGGCUGGAGCCUGCUGGUACGCGGACAGUGCAGAAGACCUUGGUGCCUCUGCCGCAGCAGGUCCCGCCCGCUGUCGUUGCGGUCGGCCUCAACUACCGCGCCCACGCGGCGGAGGUGGGCAAGGAGGCCCCAAGAUUCCCUAUCAUUCUGCACGUGAAUCCUGCGAGUGUCUGCGGUGGCGGUCCUGCUCACCCCAUCGUGUGCCCGCCCAUCGUGAGCCGCGAUCCUCCGGAGCUGGACUAUGAGGCGGAGCCUCCACCUUGCACGGACGUCGCGCCCGCCGAGGCGCUUUCUUUUCUGUGCGGGCUGACUGUGAGUAACGACGUCUCUGCGCGCCGUUGGCAAGGCAGAAAGGGUGGGGGGCAGUGGAGCCGCGCGAAGAGCUUUGACAGCUUUAAGCCAGUCGGGCCGGCGCUACUGCUGGCGGCCGAGGGCGGCGCGGCAAAACGCUCGUUUUCAAUCAGCUCGCGCGUGAACGGAGUGACCAUGCAGGACUCGUCGACCUCAGACCUCAUCUUUGGCGCCGCCGAGUUGAUCUCGUUUUGCUCACAGGGGACGACCCUCCUCCCGGGCACAAUCAUCCUAACGGGGACGCCAGCCGGGGUCGGAUACUCACGCUCGCCGCCCGUGUGGCUCAAGCAUGGCGACGAGGUGGAGUGCACGGUGGAGGGGAUCGGCACGCUGCGCAAUUCGGUCGUGUACUUGGGGUGCACAGCGCCCCAAAAUCCACCAGUGUGGAUUUCGCGCAAAAGCUUGACUCUGAAUAGCUCGCUAUGUACCUUUCUGAGCGCUGUGGUCGCCGCAGACUGGCUCCGACUUGACGGCGGCAUGGAGACCGGCGUUUGGUCGACAAACAGCGCUGCGACCGCGAUGUGGCGGUGGACAUGCUCCCAUGUUGCCGACGCGGCGCCGGAGUGGCCGGCGCUGCUCGCCGCGACCACGACGGCUACUCUGAUGCUCCGGGCCGACCCGUCCUACCCGACGGUGGCACUCUUCCACGUCUCGCUCACGCUGAGAAAAAUUCUGAAACGGCGUGCAGCAGAGUCACCGACGAGUCGGUCCGCGUGA